AUGAACCCCCGUGCUUUGUACCGUUGUGCCUUUUACUCUCUGAGUCUUGCAGCUUUUGUGGUUGGGCACAUCCAUCCAGAAUGUGACUUUGUAGCUGAGCUGAAGAGAAAUGAGAAUGAAUGUCUGAGGGGUGCUGAAGAUCAUGGAAAUGAAACUGCAGGUUGCAGGAAAACAUGGGACAGGCUACUGUGCUGGCCGAAUGCAGAAGCUGGUGAGACUCCCACAUUGCCCUGCCCCCAGGUUCUCUUUCACUUCCUCAAGGAGCCAGGCUUGGUAAGAAGAAACUGUACAGUGAAUGGCUGGUCUGAUCCAUAUCCCUCCUAUCACAUUGCCUGUCCAGUGAACGAUGAAAUUCCAGUUGAGGAACAGUCCUAUUUUUCUACUGUAAAGAUCAUCUACACUGUGGGGUACAGCAUUUCCAUCUCCUCCCUCGCCCUGGCUGUGACUGUUCUUAUUGCAUUCAGGAGACUCCGCUGUCCCAGAAAUUAUAUCCACAUCCAGCUCUUUCUCACCUUCAUCUUGAAAACUAUUGCCAUUUUCAUUAAGGAUGCGGUCCUCUUCCAGAAGGAAGAUAUUGACCAUUGCAGCUUCUCUACAACUGAAUGCAAGAUAUCAGUGGCUUUCUGUCACUAUUUUAUGAUGACUAAUUUCAUGUGGCUGCUGGUAGAGGCGCUUUACCUGAACUGUCUGCUCUUAUCAUCCUUUCCUCAUGGAAGACGCUAUUUUUGGUGGCUCGUUCUGUUUGGAUGGGGUGUCCCAACAUUUUUUACCGUAGUGUGGAUAUUAGCAAAGCUAUAUUUUGAAGACACCGCAUGCUGGGAUAUUAACCAGGGCUCGCCUUACUGGUGGCUAAUCAAAGGACCGAUCAUCAUUUCUGUUGGGGUCAACUUUAUCCUUUUUAUCAACAUCAUCAGAAUCUUGCUGAAAAAGCUGGACCCGAGACAAAUCAACUUCAAUAAUUCAUGUCAGUACAGACGUCUCUCAAAAUCGACGCUGCUUCUCAUUCCGUUAUUUGGGACACAUUACAUUGUCUUCAACUUCCUCCCCGAAUACACCAACCUGGGAGUCCGGCUAUAUUUAGAGCUCUGCAUUGGAUCUUUCCAGGGGUUUAUUGUAGCCGUUCUGUACUGUUUCCUUAAUCAAGAGGUGCAAGCAGAAAUUGGCCGGAGAUGGCAUGGGAAGAGCUAUGGACUUAUGCCAGUGUGGAGGAAGAGAACUAGGUGGACCAUGCCAUCUAGUUCUGGGAUAAAAAUGACUACCUCUGUAUGUUAGGGACAGCUGCUGAACUGGGAGCAAUGGUGUUUAAGAGCCCAAAUGUGAUCGAGGAAACUGAAUUUAAAUCAUCCGACUGUAACUUAAAAUGCCUGAGUGAAUUAGAGAAGACUAAUCCAGUUCUGUCUAGUUCCAUAGAAAUGCCUCCCGCCAGACCUCUACAGAAGUUACAAGCAUUACAGCAUCAGAUCAAACACCGAGUGGCUUAUAUAAUCCUUUUCAUGUGUAUCAUAUGCAGCACAGCAGCAUACACAUAACAGCAACAACCUCCUCUUCUUUUGUCCAGUUUCUGGACUAUUUUUCAUGGACUACACAUUAAAGCACAUCAACUGAGAGGUCACCAAAAGUAUCCUAAAGUGACACUAUGGAAGUGUCAGAUCUGGAAUGCACUACCACCUUCUUCAAAUUGUGGGAACUGGAUUCAGACUGCUGGUUUUGAAUCACUAGACUAGCAAACAAGAAACAGAAUGCCUUUCAAACCUACAGCACAGUGUUAUCAGUCCCCUCCUAAGCAAGGAGAUUCAGAGUUAAGACGAAACCCAGCUAUAGCCUGAACUCUUGAUAUUGUGCAAAAGCUGUUUCUCAAAUUAUGGUCCCUGGACCACCAGUAAUGUAGAGAGUAUAUCUUGGUAGCCUACAGGUGAAACUUUCUGAGAAUUAAGGAGUAGGAAACUGAGUUGUUGGAGGAAGAUGAUUCCAUGAGGGUGGCGUUUUAUGAAAAAUUGGGCUAAGUAACUAAAAUGAGCAGAAAC